UCGAGAAAGUGUUUGGGUGGGUUCCUCGGCCUCGGUAACGCGAGCCAGAUCCGCGCCGAAAACCAGGCCAAUGAAAAGUGUCAAAACGUGAACUCCACUUCGCCGGAGAAUUCUUCGGAACCUACGAGAGUGCAGCGAGCUAGGACAUCGUUCGGGUCGAAGCUUCUCAGCAUGAAGAAAACGACGAAGAGGGUUGAGGAGGCUGCUGCCGCGCUGGCCAAUAGAGACGAGUGCACAGGGUCAUGUGAUCAACCAGGAAGUGAGAGCACUGCUGCAGGUGGUGUGUGCGUCACUGCCAACAUGUCGCGUGUUUUCACCGACGUUGACGUGCGUGCGUGCGCGUGCCUGUCAGAUGGCAUUUGUCCUCCCGGGCAGCAGGUGGCAGCGGAGCUUCACGACGCCAACAAAACUUCCAAGAGCGCGUGUUCACUGAAGGUGACCAUCCAGCAGGGCGGCGCCAGUCGAGCGUUCACGCAGACGGACGAGACGGAUGCUGAGCGGGCGGCGGGGGCGGGGCUUCGCUGUCACAUGUGCGGAGUCACGUGUCGCUCCGCGGAGGUGUUUGAGGAGCACAUGACCGGCUCGGCUCACGUGACCAAGUGCGAGGCCAUCACGCACUCCAUCAAUGUCAUCACACACACGCUCACAAACAGAAGGCGCCGCUGGUGCGACACGUGCCAGACUGACUUCAGCGACGAUGUCAUCAGCCAUCGACAAAGCAAACGGCACAAAGCGUGCAAGCGCGCGUCACGGCCGUUCUGCGCGGCGUGCGGCCGCCACUUGAAGACGCCGCGGAAGUUCGUGGAGCACAUGAAGUCCGACAAGCACAAGCGACAGUUGCGUGUGAAGGCAGCUCAGGAGGAGGAGCUUAUCACUGUGGACGCCAUUGGCUGUUUUGAGGAGGAGGCGGAGCCAAAGCAGGAAGUAGAAUUAGGGCACCAGGAAAAGGACGGAGCAACUUCACAGGCGACCUCUUGACCUCACGAGCGGCUCGCCCGUCGGCGCUCCCCGUCUCCUUUCCGCCGAGGCGAGCCCGCGAUGUUCGGGAAGCCCGACCCGGGCGGAGGGGGCGUGGUCUGUGGCCGAAGCGACCUCGCGCGUGCCGCGGCCGAACUUCCGGAACCUGCUCUCCGAACUUCAACACAGGUGGCCAAAGUACUCCAGUACAGGGGGGGGAAAACAAAAAACUCUUGGAGUCGAAAUAGUCUUUCAGCUCCUGUACUUAAGGAAAAGAAAAAUAGGAAAGACUCUUGAAAAGUUCUGAAGUAGAAAAGUCCAAUUGAAAAGUCUUGAUAACUGGAAAAAAAAUCUGAUCCACACACAAUUUUCCUCUUUUAUGAAUUUACAUAAAAUUGACUGAACAAAAUAUUGUGGUGUGCUGG